GGACAACUCGAGAAAAUCGGGCUUGCCGUGCUGCCACGAUGCACCAUUACAGCGACGACAGCGUGGCUCGGCAGCGCCUCCAUUCAACCCAUGGCUUCACCUUGCUGCCUGCCACAGAAGGCGCGCAUCCGCCGAUGCACCCCGAGUCGUUCCUCCAUGACCUCGGUGGUCAACAUGUGCUUCCACCACGGUCAUCCGCUGUCGACAUGUCCGCCUUCACAGCACCGUCCAUGCAUCCCUUGUACGACCCGCCACCAACCAUGUACAACGGCCCAAAUCCUCUCGCGUCCGUGCCAUCGAACCCGUCGUCCACGUAUUCGUGGUACCUCCCCCAUGACUUGUCCAACGACCAAGCCGUUGACCGCGAUCUCCUCUGCCUUGCAUCACCGUGGCCAUCGCAACACCAAUCAACCACUGCGUCAUGUGUCCCGACGUCUUUAGCCUUGUCUGCGUUGUCAACGCCAACGAACUACCUCGACACAAAGCCACACCCUCCCGCGUCGUGGAUGCAGCCGCACGUCACGUCGCCAGCGGCCACAUCGGCCCCGUCGUUUGCGACCUCCAAUAGGUUUUUCACCGCGCACCACGAGCACGUGGCACAACCAGCCUCGACGUAUGCAAGUGUCACCAACGACGCGGCGCCCCCAAUGCCGUCUCCAACCCAGUUGCAGGGUCCACAAGGACGCCCUCCGGCCAGCUUUCACAAGGGCGUACCUCGCUCUGUCCAUACAGGAGUGGGGUUGGCGUGUGCGGUCGAGCCGAGACUGUCGUCCACGUCGUCGUCAGCUGAUUCCGUGGACAACAAAAAGGAAAAGCGGAGGACGCAAGUGCGCGACGCGUCUCGCCGCCGCCGUGCGAAACGAAAGGAUGAAGAGACCCGGCUGCGUGACCGCAUUCAAGAAUUGAUGCACCAGAUUCACAUCAUGGGCGGUCCACAGUCCGUCGACGGAGUUGGCGCUACGAUCGAUGGCGCAUCGGACGACGCCGCCCUCGACGCAGCGUACCAGCAACAGCUUCAAGUUGUCCGCAUGUUGCAGCAAAAGAACUUGCAGUACAAGGAGAAGCUAGCUCAGCAUGAACAGUUUGCCCGCAUGAUUCAAUCAGGGAUUCAACUCUUGACGGACGACUCAAGUGCGACAGCCACUCAACUGCAAUUCCUGCAGCAACAGCAGCUCACUCGUGCCACGGCUUCGGCGGCAACGCCAUUGCCGCCUGUCGAGCCUGCCAGUUUGACAGGAUCGGCGCCGACCAACCUCUUGGCUACAUCUGACCUGGCACGCAUGCUGGCUACAUCCAGCGUCCGCGACGCAUUGACGAAGUGGGCAAAAACAGUCGCGGCAAAGUGCCACCGCGACCUCCACGUGUCCACCUGGGACACCCGUGGUGAAAAUGUGACGACGAAUGUCGCGAUGGGAUGGCAGACGCAUGUAUGGAUACCGCUGGCGACAUCCAAGCGACGUGAAAUGCACGUGCGAAGCCACAAGGUCGUGGUCGGUGCCAACUCGGACGAGUGUGCUGUCAAGACGUGGGAAAUGGUCACGAGCAUCGCCAAGGCGCGCCGCGUCAAUCCCGACAUGAAGGCGAUCGAGGUAGGAAUGGGCCACGCAUGUCACGGCCGUCUCGACGUCAUGCACGUCCGAAACUCGAACGACUUUGCGAUUCCCGGCGCAGUCGUCUCGCGCCAUCGAGCGCUCGUGUUGCUUUGGAUCGCUCAAGAGCACGACUGCAUACGUAGUUGGUGCACGAAGUCACCCCGAGGGAAUUGAUCGUCGUCGUUCAUCGCAGGGUGGCCACUCAAGUCUUGGGCGGCCGGGAUCGAGUCACUGUCUCGGUCGUGUCGAAAAUGCCGCCAAGUGACCAGACCGACCCGGUCGUGUCCAUUGGCGUAGUGUCAUUCGACGAUGGCGCAUUCGCGCGAUGCAUAGCACAGGACGAGAUCCACGACCUGGAGCCAGUCGAGCGAUUCGGGUGGUCGUUUGCGCCGAACAACGCGGUCACGUUUCAAGGCUGGUACACCGUUCAGGACAAUGCACCAGCCGCCGCCACGGCAUCGCAUCCCGACUUGAUCACGACGCAGUACAGCAACGAAACCAUGUUUGCCCUUGUCCGGUGGGAGAGCGAAGCCAUGGAAUCUGUCCUUUGACGAGAUCCAGCCGAAUUCAUACCAUCACGUUGAGUCGUGCGAGAAUCCAGGACAGCCACAUUUGUGAACACAAGUGUGUCCAUGCAUCCCAGGCACGCCAGCGUUGCUUGAGCAAUUGCUGCACACGCGUUCCGGAAACGCAGCAUUGCCACAGGGUUCGCCGCGCGCCGUGGUAAAUAGUAGCUGCACGAGUACGCAACUCGCCCACGAUUCCAGUCGUGUCCUUGCAGGACGGUCGUGCUACCUAGUGGGAUGGCCAUCCCAACGUUUUCUUGCCAUGCCCACGUGCAGCAACAUUGGGCCGUAUUAAUAGAACUUCGUCGCGACC